GGUAAAAGAACGGACUGGAUAGCCUUUUGCUAGAAUGACGGUUCCCGAGGACUUUUUUUGUUUAUUCUCCCUGAGAAGAAACUGAAAAUCAUAUCUGAAUUUUGUCGACGGAUUAAAGACCAGUGACUUAAAGGAUUUUUACCAAACAAUGGCGAUAACGGACAGCAAAGGACGAUGGCUGGAUGUGUGGGUUUUCUUUUGUCUGCCACUGAUGGUUGUGAUUCAUCUGGAUGGGAUCUCUGCUCAAAUACGUUAUUCCAUUCAGGAAGAAUUGAAAUCAGGGACGGUGGUGGGAAAUGUGGCCAAGGACCUUGGGUUAGACAUUGGAAGACUGGCGGAAAGAAAUCUUCGUGUCGUGUCAGGAACGAAGCAGGAUCUGUUUAAGAUGAAUGCGAGAGAGGGAUUGUUGAUAGUGGAGAAGAGGGUGGACCGAGAGGAGCUGUGUGCAAAAACUGCUCCAUGCGUCACGAAUCUUAAAGCAGUUGUAGAAAAUCCGCUCGAGAUGCAUCAAGUCAUAAUCGAAAUACUCGAUGUAAACGACAAUUCGCCCAAAUUCCCCGAGGAGAACUACACAUUAGAGGUGCUGGAGUCCGCCGUGGUUGGGUCUCGAUUUCAAAUGGAAGGAGCCCACGACUUGGACGUCGGUGUUAAUUCCUUACAGUCAUAUAAGCUAAACCAUAACCCCUAUUUUCGCCUGGAAACGGAGGAAUCUGGGGAGGAUGGAAAAAUUCCAUUCCUGAUUUUACAGCGACCUCUGGAUAGGGAGCAGGCUGCUGAACACUGGUUACUGUUAACAGCUACAGAUGGAGGGAAACCGUCAAAAUCUGGGAAAAUUAAUAUCACUGUUAUUGUGUCUGACGUAAAUGACAACUCACCAGUGUGUGAAAGACAGAAAUACACCAUUACAAUAAAGGAAAACGCACCUGCAGGGACAUCUCUGCUGGCAGUAAACGCAUCGGACUCUGAUGAGGGGAUGAACGGUGAAAUCGAAUAUUCUUUGAGGGGUAAACUCAGAGGAAUGUCCACCGACCCGUUUGAGUUGGACAGCAGAACGGGCAAACUAACAGUGAAAGGAGGCCUCGAUUACGAGGAAAAGCAAGUCUACGAGAUCAAGGUACUGGCUGCAGACAGAGGCGCCGUGUCUCUCUCCACACACUGCAAUGUGAUCGUCAGAGUGGAAGACGUGAAUGAUAACCAACCCGAGAUAGAGAUCACAUCGCUGUCAAGUCGCAUUCCAGAGGACGCACCUCCUGGCACGGUGGUGGCGUUGAUGGGAGUGACGGACCUUGACUCGGGUGUGAAUGGACAGGUGGUCUGCAGUGUGCCUGGCCAUUUACCCUUUGACUUAAAGCCAUCUCAUGACGGACAGUCAUACUCUUUGGUCACCAAGGACUACUUGGAUAAGGAAACAAUACAUAUGUAUGACAUCACAAUAACGGCGAAAGAUUUAGGGAGCCCCACACUGUCAUCUACCAAGGUGAUACAUGUAGAUGUGCUGGAUGUCAAUGACAAUCGCCCUUUGUUCACUGAAAGCCCAUAUACCUUUUAUGUGCCUGAAAAUAACAAGGCCGGGAUGUCAAUGUUUUCGGUGAGUGCCACUGAUGCUGAUGGAGGUGAAAACGCGGCAGUCACAUAUUACCUCGAGCGAAAGAGCGCAGGUCACACAGUGACCUCCUUUUUAAAUAUAAACGAAGAGAACGGCACCAUUUCCGCGUUAAAAAGUUUCGACUUUGAAACACUGAAAAAUUUCCACUUCCACGUCGUUGCGUCAGAUUCCGGAACUCCGUCACUGAGCAGCAACGUCACAGUGAACGUGUUCAUUCUGGAUCAGAACGACAACGCUCCAGUCAUCCUGUAUCCAGUCAGCUCCAACGGUUCUGCUGAAGGUGUGGAGGAGAUUCCCCGCAACGUGAACGCAGGACACUUGGUGACUAAAGUCAGAGCCUAUGACGCUGAUAUAGGAUAUAACGGCUGGUUACUGUUCUCACUGCAGGAAGUGACUGACCACAGUCUCUUUGGUUUGGACCGCUACACAGGACAGAUCAGAACACUUCGCUCAUUCACAGAGACAGACGAGGCUGAGCACAAACUGAUCAUACUGGUGAAAGACAACGGGAACGUUUCUCUCUCAGCAACAGCUACUGUGAUUGUCAAACUCGUGGAGCCCAAAGAGGCUUUUGCAGCUUCUGAUGUUAAGAGUUCAACAAAAGCAGAUGAGGACAACAAUGUGACUUUUUACCUGAUGAUAACUUUGGGCUCAGUUUCAGCACUUUUUCUCAUCAGCAUCGUCGUGUUGAUUUCAAUGCAGUGCUCUAAAUCCUCCCCAGACUAUACUUCUAAAUAUCUACAAGAGACUAAUUAUGAUGGGACACUGUGUCACAGCAUCCAGUACAGAUCUGGAGACAAACGCUACAUGUUAGUUGGACCCAGGAUGAGUAUAGGAUCUACUAUAGUCCCAGGAAGUCAUGCGAACACUCUGAUGCUCCCUGACAGGAGGAGGACAUCGGAGGAGGUAAGAUUAUUUUUAGAUUUUGAUUGA